UUCUAUACAUUCUCUAUGAUUCAUGUACGAACGUUUUCACACGCACGCCACCAUCUUAUUACUUCUUUCAUUUUACAUUCAUCUUUCUGUGAGUCUACAGAAAAAUCAUCAGUUGUAAAAAUGGUAGCCCAGAAAAAACAGAAAAAAGCUCAGGAGAGCAUUAACACUAGAUUAGCACUAGUUAUGAAAUCUGGCAAAUACGUCCUUGGUUACAAGCAAACCUUGAAGUCUCUUCGUCAGGGCAAAGCCAAAUUGGUCAUCAUUGCAAAUAAUACGCCGCCGUUGAGGAAAUCGGAGAUUGAAUACUACGCUAUGUUGGCGAAGACUGGCGUGCAUCAUUACACGGGUAACAAUAUUGAAUUAGGAACAGCCUGUGGAAAAUAUUUCCGUGUUUGCACUCUUUCAAUCACUGAUCCUGGCAAUUCUGAUAUUAUAAAGUCUAUGCCAACUGGUGAUCAAGCGUAAUGUGUGUUUUUAAUUUAAUAAAUAAUUUGAAAAUCUGAAA